GCGACACGUCCUGACAGGCAUUGCAACCCACGCAGUAGGUUUAUUUUAUUUACAGACGUGGGGAUCGAAGUUCAAUGCCACUUCAGGGCACUGCUGACGAAAAGAAUUUUUGCAAAGUACACCUUUAAACAGUGUUGGCUGUCAGCUGUUGGAAGUAUCUCAGCAAAAUACCGCUUGGUGACUUUAAAGACAGCGGUUACCCACCUGCUCCCCCCAAAGAGCCUGGAGAAACAGCUUCUGGGGCCCAUUGAGGAAAAAGUGGGAUCAGGAUCAACACACGCUUACUGUGACGUACUGAAUGGAGAACUUUCUCCCUUUGAACUUUGCGUAAUAAAGUCAUUUUGCUCACGUUGGAGAUCGCUUGUUCGGCCACGAUGGCCUUUCAGGACCUUCUGGAUCAAGUUGGAGGCCGGGGGAGAUUCCACAUCCUUCAGAUAGUUUUCUGUAGCAUCUUCAACCUCAUAGCGUACCCUCACGUUUUAUUGGAGAGCUUCACUGCAAUCGUCCCUGGUCACCGCUGCUGGGUCCACAUCCUCGACAAUGACACGGUCUCUGCUAACAGCACUGGGAUCCUCAACCAAGACGCCCUCCUGAGAAUCUCCAUUCCACUGGACUCAAACCUGAGGCCAGACAAGUGUCAUCGCUUCCUCCACCUGCAAUGGGGGCUCCUUCACCUGAAUGGGACCUUCCCUAACACAAAUGAGCUGGACACGGAACCCUGUGUGGACGGCUGGGUGUAUGACCAGAGCUCCUUUCCCUCCACCAUCGUGACGGAGUGGGACCUGGUGUGUGAAUCUCAGUCACUGAAAUCAGUGACCAAAUUCUUAUUCAUGGCUGGCAUGUUGGUGGGAAACAUCAUAUUUGGCCAUUUAUCAGACAGGUUUGGGAGGAAGUUAAUUCUCAGGUGGUGUUUCCUCCAGCUCGCCGUUACUGACACCUGUGCAGCCUUCGCGCCCACCUUCUUCAUUUAUUGCACCCUACGCUUCUUGGCUGGCUUUUCUACCAUGACCAUCCUGACAAACUCUGUGAUGCUCAUUGUAGAAUGGACAGUGCCCCAAUUCCAAGCCACGGGAAUAGCAAUAACCAUCUGUGGUGCUUGCGUAGGACAGAUGAUCCUGGGAGGACUGGCUUUUGCCAUUCGAGACUGGCAUACCCUUCAGCUGGUGACUUCUGUACCAUUAUUUGUCCUUUUUCUUUCCUCAAGGUGGCUGAUGGAGUCUGCUCGGUGGCUGAUUAUGACCAACAAACCCGAGGAGGCCUUAAAGGCACUUAGAAAAGCUGCACUCUGGAAUGGAAGGAAGAAUGCUGGAGACGCCCUAACCAUGGAGGUUUUGAGGUCCAGCAUGCAAGAGGAGCUAGAGGCAGCACAGAAAAAAAUUUCUCUGCGUGAUAUAUUCCGCACGCCUACACUGCGCAGGAGGAUCUGUUUGAUGUCCUUCGUGAGAUUUUCAGUCUACAUGUCUUUUUAUGGCCUGGUUCUCCACAUCCAGCACAUUGGAAGCAAUGUUUUCCUGUCCCAGUUUCUCUUUGGCCUAGUCAACAUCCCAUCCAGUUAUAUUGCGGUUUUGGCACUGAAUCAUAUAGGCCGUCGAAUGUGCCAGAUGAUUUUCUUUUUCUUCCUUGGAAUCUCCAUUCUGAUCACCACAUUUCUGCCCAAAGAAAUGCAGACCCUGCGUCUUUCUUUGUCAUCCCUGGGAGUCAGUGUUUCUGCGGCAGCUAUUGUGAGUUCUUCUACCCAUGGAAACGAACUAAUCCCUACCAUAAUCAGGGCAACUGUUACAGGAAUCCUGGGGAUUGCUGCUUAUAUUGGGGCAGCGCUGUCUCCCCUCUUGAUGAUCCUAACUGUGUAUUCCCCCCAUCUGCCCUGGAUCACGUAUGGAAUCUUCUCCAUCCUCGCUAGUCUUAUUGUCUCACUCCUUCCUGAAACCAGGAAUCAACCUCUGCCCGACUCCAUCCAGGAUGUGGAAAAGGAGAGAAAAGCCUCAAGAAAAGUAAAGCAGGAAGAUCCCUUCAUGAAAGUGACACAGUUUUAAGGAAUUCCAGGAAAUAACUGCCACUCAAAGAGUAAGAUAGAAGAAGGAAAAUCAGGACUGUCCCCAGAAAUUGGAAAAGUUUGUAAAAUAAAAUAAAAAGAUAGAAUGGAAUAACAGAUCCCAUCUACGAUUGCAGGACUAAGUAACUAUGGAUAAAAUAUCUACAAUCAAUCAAAAUAAGAAGUUUGAGAAAAGUCGUAAUACUUUUGAAAAAAGAUUUUAUUAUCCAAGUCUAGUUGACAUACAACGUUAUAUUCAUUUCAGGUACACCACAUAGUGAUACAAUUCUGUAUAUUAAAAGUCAUAAUAUUUUUAAAGGAAUCAUAGUAAAAUAUAUGUAAAAUUGUAGACCUCCAGCAUGUUUCUGGAUAGAAAGAUGGGAUAGUAUUAAAGACACUGAUUCUUGAUUCCAAAACCAGACAAAGACCCCACUAAAAAGGAGAACGACAGACCAAGAUCCCUGAUGAACAUGGAUGCAAAAAUUCUCAACAAGAUACUAGCCAGCCGGAUCCAAUAAUACAUUAAAAGAAUUAUUCACCACGAUUAAGUGGGAUUUAUACCUGGGAUGCAGGGCUGGUUCAAUAUCCACAAGUGAAUCAAUGUGAUACAUCACAUCAAUAAAAGAAAGGACAAGAACCACGUGGCCCUCUCAAUAGAUGCAGGGAAAGCAUUUGACAAAAUACAGCAUCCUUUCUUGAUGAAAACCCUCAAGAAAGUAGGGAUAGAAGGAUCAUACCUCAAGAUCAUAAAAACCAUAUACGAGAGACCCACCGCUAGUAUUAUCCUCAAUGGGGAAAAACUGAGAGCUUUCUCCCUAAAGUCAGAAACAUGACAGGGAUGCCCUCUCUUGGCACUGUUAUUCAGCAUAGUGUUGGAAUUCCUAGCCUCAGCAAUCAGACAACACAAAGAAGUAAAAGGCAUCCAAAUCGGCCGGGAGGAAGUCAAACUUUCGUUCCUCGCGGAUGACAUGAUACUCUAUGAAAAACCGAAAAAAAUCCACCAAAAACUGCUAGAACUGAUCCAUGAAUUCAGCAAAGUCGUAGGAAAUAAAAUCAAUACACAGAAAUUGGUUGCAUUCCUAGACACCAAUAAUGAAGCAACAGAAAGAGAAAUCAAGGACUCAGUCUUUGACAAAGCAGGAAAGAAUAUCCCAUGGAAAAAAGACAGUCUCUUCAGCCAGUGGUGUCGGGAAAACUGGACAGCGGCACGCAGAAGAAUGAAUCUGGACCCCUUUCCUACACCAGACACAAAAAUAAACUCAAAAUGGUUGAAAAACCUAAACAUAAGGCAGGAAACCAUCAAAAUCCUCGAGGAGAAAGCAGGCAAAAACCUCUUUGACCCUGGCUGCAGCAACUUCUUACUCAACGCGUCUCCGGAGGCAAGGGAAACAAAAGCAAAAAUGAACUAUUGGGAACCUCAUCAAAAUAAAAAGCUUCUGCACAGUGAAGGAAACAUUCAGCAAAACUAAAAGGUAACCAUCAGAAUGGGAGAAGAUAUUUGCAAAUGACAUAUCAGUUAAAGGGUUCGUAUCCAAAGUCUAUAAAGAACUUCUCAAACUCAACACCCGAAAAACAAAUAAUCCAGUGAAGAAAUGGGCAAAAGACAUGAAUCGACACUUCUUCAAAGAAGACAUCCAGAUGGUUAACAGACACGUGAAAAAAUACCCGUCACUCAACAUCAGGGAAAUACAAAUCAAAAGCACAAUGAGAUACCACCUCACACCUGUCAGAAUGGCUAACAGGAACAACUCAGGCAACAACAGAUGUUGGCAAAGAUGAGGAGAAAGAGAAACCCUUUUGCACUGCUGAUGGGAAUGCAAACUGGUGCGGCCAUUCUGGAAAACAGUAUGGAGCUUCCUCAGAAAAUUAAAAAUAGAACUACCCUACGACCCAGCAAUUGUACUACUAGGUAUUUAUCCAAGGGAUGCAGGUGUGCUGUUUCGAAGAGGCACAUGCACCCCCAUGUUUAUAGCAGCACAAUCGACAAUAGCCAAAGUAUGGAAAGAGCCCAAAUGUCCAUCGACGGAAGAAUGGAUAAAGAAGAUGUGGCAUACACAUACAAUGGAGUAUUACUGGGUGAUCAAAAAGAAUGAAAUCUCACCAUUGGCAACAACGGGGUUGGAACUAGAGGCUAUUGUGCUAAACCAAAUAAGUCAGUCAGAGAAAGGCAAAUAUCAUAUGACUUCACUCAUAUGUGGAAUUUAAGGUACAAAACAGAUGGACAUAAGGGAGGGAAGCAAAUAUAAUAUAAAAACAGGGAGGGGGACAGACCCUAAGAGACUCUUAAAUAUAGAAAACAAAUGAGCAUUGAUGGAGGGGUUGUGGCUGCGGGGGUGGGCUAAAUGGGCAAGAGGCAUUGAGGAAGACACUUGGGAUAAGCACUGGGUGUUAUAUGUAGGGGAUGAAUCACCGGAUUCUACUCCUGAAAUCAUUAUUGCACAACAUGCUAACUAACUUGGAGGUAAAUUAAAAAAAAAAAAAAAGACAUUGCUUCUGCUUCAAUUAGUGGUAGAGGAGUUGAUGGAGUAAUUACCAUGGAAAACUCCAUUCUUUUGGAACAGCUCAGAAAAGAGUUCCAAGUGUAACUGCAAAUUAAUACUAGACAAGCUGAUUCGGGAAAAUGAGGCUCAUAGAGGGAGGGUGGGGCAGGUUUUGGGGGCAGCGUUUGCCAGAAUGAGAUGCGAGUGUCUAAACACCAAUAGCAGAUGGAUUUGCAAAUCAAAAGAAGACCACGGGGUGCCUGGGUGGCUCAGCCCCUUACUCAGUUCAGGCCAUGACCUCACAGUUCUUGAGUUCGAGGCCCCGCAUUGGGCUCUUGUGGUGUCAGCACAGAACCUGCUUCAGAUCCUCUGUCCCGCUCUCUCUCUGUCCCUCCUGCACUCGUUCUCUCUCUCAAAAAUAAAAAAAUAAACUUUAAAAAGAAAAAUCAAAAGAAGUCCAGAACAAUACGGUAGCAUGUGUAAUACUUAAAACUUGAUGAUUUGGGCAUCGUAAAUCACUAGUAGAAAUCGAUGAUUACAUAAGUGCCAUUAACUCACUUUAUAAAUAAAUGCUUAAUAAUUUCAUUUUAUUCUCUAAACCAAAAAAAUAUAUUCCAUGUAAUUAAAAAGAUAAGUGGAGGGGGAGCCUGGGUGGCUCAGUCAGUUAAGCCUCUGUCUUCGGCUCAGGUCAUGAUCUCGCAGUUUGUGAGUUCGAGCCCCGCAUUGGGCUCUGUGCUGACAGCUCGGAGCCUGGACCCUACCUCGGAUUCUGUGCUUCCCUCUCUCGCUGCUCCUCCCCUGCUCAUGCUCUGUCUCUCUCUCUCUCUCAAAAAUAAAUAAACAUUUAAAAAAUUAAAAAUAAAGAUUUUAAAUAAAAAUUAAAAAUAAAAAUAAUUUUUAUUAAAAAUAAAUAAGUAAAUAAAUAAAAAGAUAGGUGGAACAAUUAAGCCAUGUUAUUCAGUACAAAACCUGCUUAUGAGCUCUUGGGAUUGAAAAAAAUGUUCUGAAUAGUCAAGCAAACGCCAGGAAUGUAAGCAGAGGUAAACUGGACUGAAAACUCAUUUAAAACCUCCAUUGACAAGUCCUAGAGAAAUAGGCAAAAUCUAAAAUAAUAUUCAUAAAAGUGAUAAAAGCUUUUCACUUUUAGUGCUGUCCUUUUAUGAGAUUUACAUUUUUUGUAUUCUAAGUUUAAAAAGGAUAAUGCAACAUUUAAAAAUAUUCUAAGGUAUCAUCAAAAGUAAAUUGCAAGAGAAAUGAAAAUUUUUCAAAAUGACUAUAUAUUAAUAUGUGUAUCUAAAAAAUAUGCAUAAAAAUACAUAAUUUAGUAUUAGGUAGUUAACAGCCAGGAGCAUAUACUUUUCAAAAGAAAAAAAAGUCUCAUAAUCAUAAAGCUAUGAAGAAGUCUACAAAGCCACUGGAAUUUAAAGACAGUGAAACUAAAGUAGCAUCCUUUGGUCUUUCCAAAAGACCAAAGGUUUGUAAAUAGAGAUCUGUCAACUGAUGGCACAGUUAUAAAGUAACACAUGCCAUUGAACGUUCAACACACAGGAUGGUGUCAUUAUGAAGAGCUUUAAAAGUCUUUAAUUGAUUCAGUAAUCAUGUAUGCGGCAUGUAACAGCUCCCCGGCAAUAUGCUGGGAACCCGGGAUACAAAGAGGAAAUGAGAAAAAGAAAAACGUAAAAGCGGAUGUAGCGGUUCUCAGUCCACGUGUGCACGUGCGACAUCACGCUUUUAUCUUCGACCCGCAACAAAAUGGUACCGCGCUCAGUCCCUCCGGGCUGGUGGAAAAUCGCAGAUCCGUUGGUUAUUUUCACAAAUCCUACACAUUGGAGCUAUCUAGCCUCCGUCUUUAGGCUUCCUAGACCCUCAACUCAACAAGCUCUUCUCUUACUAGCUGUCCUGCAAGGCCUCUAGGUAUCCCGUGGGCCUCAGAACUUGAAACAAAGUCAAUCAGGCUUGGCUUUUUUUGCCUUUCUCCUGCCAAAUGCCUUCCAGGAGAUCAAGAGGCACAGGAAUGACAACCAGCAAGAUGUGGUCUAUAGUCCGCAGCUCUAUUCCCAGGGAGGUGGGCCAGGAAGGCUCAGACCUCACCAGAACCCCAAAGGCAAUGAGAAACUGUCUUAUAACAGGCAUUAGCAAU